AUGGCCGACAAGUACAAGCCUUCUGAGCACGGCGGCAAGCGCGAGGACGGUCAGCGCGACAAGCGCACUCAGCAAUCCGAAUUCGCCUACGGCAAGGUUGAUCCUUCUGAAGCGGGUCAAAAAGGUGGUUCUACUUCCGGCAGUGGUGGCAGCGCCAAGGGAGAGUUUGCUCAUGGCGAGGUUGAUCCCCAUAAAGCUGGACGGGCAGGUGGCAGCAAGUAA